UUGGGGGUCUCGAUCUCCCAUCUGCUGCAUACGUACAUCCAUUAGUUGAUUAGUUCUCGUUCGAGCAGCGAUGGCGGCUGGUGGAGGAGCAGCAAACCUUGAGCCGGUGCGCUACCACAUGUCGGACGACGAGGAGGACAAAGCCUUCAACGCAGGCGGCGACAAGCCAGGCCGGCGGCCACAGACUCCGAGGCCCUACGAUGACAUCGGCUCUCCUGUUUAUUCGUUGCUGGAGCCGGACGAGCACAUGCUGUUGCCGCCUCCGUCGGUAGCAGUGCCACCGCCGGCCUCGCUGCAGUCUCCGUGGUCGAUGUCUUGUCUCGCCACUGAGGCCGAGGCAAAGGUCUAUGACGGCGUCGCUCAGGCCCUUUUCAAGGCUCGCUGGAAGAGUAUUAAAGAGGAGCAGGAAGCUAAUCCGUCGGACGAGCCAUGGUCACCGAACUCCGGGCUACCACUGUCCUACUACGAAGACUCGCUUGACCCUGUCGGAGCACAGCGCCAGGGAACAUCCUUCGCGGAAGACGCGCUGUACCACUACAACGCCGACCCGGACAACAAGGUCAAGUAUGAGCUCGUCGAGGCCGGCCUCAACAACUGCAUACUCACCGAGAGAGGCUCGAUGUACGGCCACGUCAACUUCGUUGCCAGGCCGCGCACCGAGCAUGGUGGCGUCGAGAGCUUGCCAGAGCGGUUCUUCUUCGCCGAGGUGCAUCAUCAGGUAGGGAGAGACACGUGCAUCCCAACCUGCCUCCGCUCCCUGGACUCGGAGGACGAGCGGGUCGGUGGCGUCGGCGACGACCCAAUCGCCGAACGCUCGCCGUGGAAUGUCAGUAUCGACUACUGUAUCUCGUGCAACCAUGACCUCAAACACCCAAAGGACGGAACUUGUUACAGAGCCGGGCACUUCCAUACGUUGCCCUAGUGCUCAUUUCUUUUUUUCCUUUCAUGCUAGUUGCAAGCAAGUCCCAGAAAAUAUUCCAUGUGUGUCGAUAUGGUUCGUCUUCAUUAGUCUGAAUGUCUACUGAAGAAAACAAAGCUAUCAUAAAAUAUGU